AUGAUGGGGGUGCAGAGGGGGCUCAGCGGGGGCGCUGUCCGCGGUGCUGACUGUGCCCGCGGCCGGAGCGGCGACGGCGGCAGCUGCGGCGACGACGACUCCGAGGGCUCCUCCCGCCGCCGCCCCGCCGAGGGCUAUUUAUGGGGCUGGCCCGGCACGGCCACUCCCCCCCGGCGCUCCCCUCCCUCUCCGCGGGCCUCGGCGCUACCUCCCGCCCUGCGCGGGGGUAGCCGGAGUCUCCCGCCGGCGGCUGGGGCCCCGAGUUCUCGCCAGUCAUCCCUGCCCCCGGGCAGCUGCCUCUCAGUACGAGCUCAUUUCCUUUAAGGACCACAUGGAUGUUCAACACAGCUCCAUCCGGCACAGCUCCUUCCAGCCCAGCAGAUGCCAAGGGCAGGGAGUGUGAGCCUGCAGCUCCUGCCUGUUGAUUGAAGGAAUCCAUCAAUGUGUUAGUUCUACAAAAGCACAAAAGUCUGUAAUGGAGGGCUGGCAUAUCAGUGUCACCAGGAAAGGACC